CAGGGCUCAGAUUGCUAAAGGACCUAACAAGACUAAACUUGCUGCUGAGACAGCACAGAACACUGCAAGCCUUCCGCAUUGUUAGUGGAGUGCGUACCGUUGUUUCAUGCUGAAGUUCAAGCUGCUGGAUGAACAACUGUAACCUAGCACUCCAAGACACAACACCACUUUAAGUUCCUCUUUUAUUUUCAGAAGCAGAAAUACUGCAGGUAGAAGAGGAACCAACCAAGUCACGACUUACCCAACGCCAUGAAGUUAUUCAUCAUUAUCUCAGUUAUGCUGGGGGCACUCGUCACAAGCCUAGAAUCUGCUUUGACCAGGCAGCAGCGGCACAUACUAUCAAGCAAACAUAAAUCAGGACAUCAAGAUUGUAACUGUGUAAAUGGAGGAACCUGCAUUUCUUAUCAACUCUUUUCCCGGAUUAACCGUUGCUUAUGUCCAAAAGGAUACAGUGGACAGCACUGUGAAAUAGACACUGAAAGCCAAUGCUAUACUGAGAAUGGUCAGGACUACAGAGGGACUAUGUCAAAGAAUGAGAAAAACGAAGAAUGCUUAGCGUGGGACUCCCCUUCACUAAUUAGGUGGGAUUACCAUGCUGGUGUGAGAAAUGCCCUGCAGCUUGGACUGGGGAAACACAACUACUGCAGAAACCCGGACGGAAAAGCUAAGCCCUGGUGUUACAUUAAGAGGGGAUAUCGGACUUUGAAAACAGACUGUGACAUACAACUGUGUCACACAGAAAGAGAACCCACGUGUGGCCAGAGAAGCUCCAGCAAGUACUUCAAGAUCGUUGGCGGGAGCAUUGCAACUAUUGAGUCUCAGCCUUGGAUAGCCACCAUCUUCCAUUAUUCAAGGAAAAUGGGGCAGAACAAAUUUGUGUGCGGUGGCAGCCUCAUUGACCCUUGCUGGGUGCUUACCGCUGCACACUGCUUCUCCCUACUAGGAACGGAUUCAUCAGGCUACACAGUUGUUCUUGGAAAGUCCAAGCUGGAUGCUAAUGAUGACAAAGAACAAACAUUUCAGGUGGAAAGAAUCAUCAAUCAUCAUGAAUAUUCAGAUGAAAAAAGUGACUUCACUAAUGAUAUUGCUCUCAUGAAAAUAAAGUCUGCUUCCGGACACUGUGCAGCAGAGUCUGAAUAUGUCAAAACUAUCUGUUUACCGUCUGAAAACCUAGUACUGAGGGACAAUUCCCAGUGUGAAGUUUCUGGCUAUGGGAAAGAAGACAACUGGGAUAUUUACUAUUCCAAAAUAUUGAAGACAGCCAACGUGAACUUAAUAUCACAGUCAUUGUGCCGGGACGAAUACUAUGACCAAACCAGGGUGAAUGACAACAUGGUGUGUGCUGGCGAUGUGCAGUGGAAGUCUGAUGCAUGCAAGGGAGAUUCUGGUGGACCACUGGUCUGCGAGCACAAUGGCAGGAUGUCUCUGUAUGGGAUCGUCAGCUGGGGAGAUGACUGUUCUAAAGAAAAGAGGCCCGGCGUCUACACCAGAGUCACUAAAUACCUUUCUUGGAUUGAGUCCCACAUGAAGGGAGUCAAUUUCAAAAGCCGUAGCCUCCCUAAAUGAAAGUGACCUUUCCUCAAGGCAUGGACCUAAAGCAGGAAGUCUAGAGCAUUAAUUUCAAAUAACUGGAACUGAGCCACAUAUCGAUGCAGUACAUUGAAACCCUGAAUGUUAGUUUGGAGUUGAUUUGUGCAUGUUUGUCUCUCGGGUCUUCAAUUUAAAUGCCUAUGUGAUUUGUUUUCAACAUUCAUAGCAGGGUAUCUGAAGCAGACAGAUAAUCUGUAUCUCCAUUGGCCACUGCAUGGAGUACCUGAAAGUCUUUCCAUGGAAGACUCAAAUAUUUAACAUUGAAAUGCAUAUUUCCAGUCAAGAUACUGUACAUGUCACGUUGUCUCCCUAUUUUAUAUCUGAAUCACUAUUAGUCACUUUUAUAAGUACCUACACAAGU